UUAUGGCAGCUUGUAAGAUGGAUCUAACGUUUGAGAACGGCCACAAAAUGCCGGCCCUUGGCUUCGGAACCUGGCGGGCACCGGACGAUGAGGUAGAGAAAGCUUUGAACGAGGCACUUGAGGCCGGCUAUCGGCACAUCGACUGUGCACCGGUCUAUCUGAACGAGCCAACGAUCGGUCGAGUGCUGCGCCAGUGGAUCGAUAGUGGUCGGGUGACGCGUGAGGAGCUGUUCAUCGUCACCAAAUUGCCCCCGCACGGUACGCGAGCUGCGACGGUGGAAAAAUUUCUUAAACGAUCGCUGACCGAUCUUCAGCUCGAUUAUGUCGAUCUGUACCUGGUGCACGUACCGUUUACCGUGCCCGAAGUGGAUGGACCCUUCCUGAUGGACGACAACGGAGAAAUCGUACUCGAAACCACAACGGACCAUGUCAGCCUGUGGAAGAGCAUGGAAGCGAUCGCGGAUGCCGGUCUGGCACGCAGCAUAGGCCUAUCGAAUUUCAACCAGCGGCAGAUACAGCGAGUGCUCGAUAAUUGCCGAAUUAAGCCGGCCAACCUGCAGAUCGAGAAUCACAUCUACUUGCAGCAGAAUGGGUUGGUAAAGUUUUGCAAAGCGAACGGCAUCACUGUGACCGCGUAUUCGCCCCUCGGUUCGAAAGGUAUCGAGAAGUUGCUGAACCGCGAAGUGCCGGACUUGCUGGACAAUCCGGUGGUAAGGGAUGUGGCCCAGCGUCACGAAAAAUCUGCCGCCCAGAUACUGCUCCGUCAUCUGCUGCAGCGCGGUAUUGCGACCAUUCCGAAAAGUACCAAUGCGGACCGAUUGCGGCAGAACAUUGCGCUGUUCGAUUUCGAACUGUCGGACGACGAUAUGGCCGUGCUGAAUGGGCUGGACCAGAAUUUGCGCAUUUGUGACUUUGCGUUCUUUCCCGGCAUCACAAAGCAUCCGGAGUUCCCAUUUUAAACUACACGAA